AAGAGAGAGAAGCAUGAGGAAUAAAGAAAGAAAAAUAGGAGGGAUCAGAGGCAGGAGAGAAAUUUAAGCAGGAUCCUGGCUGCAGUAGUAGAAGAGCGUGAGGGAAGAGGUAGAUCUGAGAGUAGACAAACAGGGUACCUGGGCAACAGGGAACCUAGACCUUGUGGAAGAAAACCCGUUCAGAAAACUCUGGAAAAGGACCAAUAUGCAUAGUGCAAAGAGAAGGGACAUUGGGCGCGAGAAUGCCCAUGAAGAGUGGGAAAUGCCCCUAAGGUCAUGACUCUCGAAGAUGAUGACUAGGGGAAAUGGGGCUCAGACCUCCUCCCCAAGCCUAGGGUAACCCUGACUGUGGGAGGGGACUCCUAUGGACUUUCUAGUAUAUACCGGGGUAGAACACUCUGUGUUGAAACAACCAUUGGGGAAGCUCAAAAACAACAAAAAAAAAACAUAGUAAUUGGAGCCACAGGCCAGAAACAAUACCCUUGGACCACUACACAUACUGUAGAUUUAGGGAAAAGACAAGUGAGUCACUCACUUGGUCACCCCUGAGUGUCCCACACUGCUUCUGGGGAGAGGUCUUGACUAAACUGAAGGCCCAGAUUAGAUUCACUCAAAAAGGGCCGAGAGUAAGUUGGGAAUCCCCUGCCUCCAUGGUCCUGGCCCUACAACUUGAAGAAGAGUAUCGCCUACAUGAAUGCAUGACGCAGCAGAAGGGCCAGCCCUAAGAGACUGGUAGACUGCCUUUCCUAGAUCAUGGGCAGAGACCAGAGGCAUGGGGGUAGCUGUCAGAGUACCCCCCAUGGUUGUCGAACUGAAAAUGGAUGCUACCCUUAUAGGGGUGCGGCAAUACCCAAUGAGCUGCGAGGAAGGGAUGGAAUUAGGCCACAUAUUCAGAGACUAUUGCAACAAGGUAUUUUGAUGUCUUGCCAGUCGCCCUGGAAUACUCCUCUGUUGCCGGUAAAGAAACCCAGCACGAGUGACUAUCAAGAUCUAAGAGAGGUCAACAAGAGCAUCCAAGACAUUCACCCAACUGUUCCUAACUCCUAUAACCUCCUCAGCUCGCUCCCCCGAAAGUGAAAGUGGUAUACAGUACUUUAUUUAAAAGAUGCUUUCUUCUGUUUAAAGUUACAUCCCUCCAGUCAGCCUAUAUUCGCCUUUGAAUGGAGAGACCCUGACACUGGACAAACGUGACAACUGACCUGGAUGUGGCUACCCCAGGGGUUCAAGAACUCCCCCACCCUUUUUGAUGAGGCUCUACAUCUAGAUUUAGCCUCCUUCUGAGCUGAAAACCCCUAGAUGAUCUACUCCUUACUGCAACCUCAGAGCAAGAAUGCAGGCAAGGGACAGAGACUAUUAGCUGAACUGGGUGAGUUGGGGUACCAGGCCUCUGCUAAAAAGACCCAGUUAUAUCAAAUGGAAGUUGUCUACCUGGGAUACACUCUUCGUGAUGGGAAGCGGUGCCUGACAGAGGCUAGGAAAAAGACUGUGACUCAGAUAACAGUACCGGCUAUUCUGAGGCGGGUGAGAGAAUUCUUGGGCACUGCUGGGUUCUGCAGACUUUGGAUACCUAGUUUUGCAACACUGGCUGCCCCCCUCUUUCCCCUGACUAAGGAAAGUGGGGAAUUUAAAUGGACAUCAGAACAUCAGAGAGCCUUUGAGAAUAUUAAGGAGGCCCUGAUGACUGUGCUGGCCUUGGCACUGCCAGAUUUAACCAAGCCCUUCACCCUUUAUGUUGAUGAAAGGAUGGGAGUAACCAGAGGGUUCUUACUCAGACUCUAGGGCCAUGGAAAAGGCCCGUGGCACAUCUGUCUAAAAAACUGGACCCAGUGGCCAGUGGAUGGCCCACAUGUCUGAAGGCCAUUGCAGCAGUAGCCUUGCUUGUUAAGGAUGCCGACAAGUUAACUUUGGGACAACAGAUAACUGUGGUGGCCCCCCACUCUCUUGAAAGCAUUAUCCGCCAGCCCCCAGACCAGUGGAUGACCAACGCCCGAAUGACUCACUAUCAGAGUCUGCUGCUGACUAAGCAGACAAUGGAUUCUGAAUUAUCACAGAGUAUGGUUGGGAGCUAUCUUAACCCUCCAGAAAGAAUGCAUCUUCCAUCAUUCACGCAAAAUGAAGCAUUUCAGAAUUGCCACCCUGGGACCCCUCCUAAAAUGUUUAAUAGUCCAAACAACCAAGCACUUGUUUCAGCAUUAAAAACUCUCCAGGAAAAGAUUCGUCGUCUCGAGCUGGAGAGGACACAGGCUGAAGACAACCUGAACCUUCUGUCCAGAGAAGCAGCGCAGUAUAAGAAGGCCCUAGAGGAGGAGACCAACGAGAGGAACCUCGCACACCAGGAGCUGAUUAAACAAAAGAAAGAUAUAAGCAUACAAUUAAGCUCAGCCCAGUCUCGUUGUAUUCUUCUAGAGAAGCAAUUGGAAUAUACAAAAAGAAUGGUUCUCAAUGUAGAACGAGAAAAGACUAUGAUCCUAGAACAACAGGCCCAGCUUCAAAGGGAAAAAGAACAAGAUCAGAUGAAGCUGCACGCUAAACUUGAAAAGCUCCAUGUCCUAGAGAAAGAGUGUCUGAGACUGACGGCGACUCGGCAGACUGCGGAGGACAAGAUUAAAUGUCUAGAAGAAAAACUGAAGGAGGAGGAGCAUCAGCGCAGGCUGUUUCAAGACAGAGCCUGUGAGCUUCAAACUGGAUUUGAAAUCAGCAAAAUUUUAAUGUCCACAGUUUCGAAUUCAAAGCAUUGUAAGGAAAAGAAGAAACAGCCAAAGAAAACUAACUGCUUAAAACGAGAGCCGCCUCAGCAAAGGGACCACAAGUUUAGAACACCAACUUUUGAGAGAAAGAAGCCUUUCAGAACAACUUCCCAGGCUAGAGCUAACCCUCAGAGCUCAGGAGAGCCCGUUUCCAUUUGUGACAGUUUGUCUGAACUCUUGAUGACAAUGGAAGAGGAGCUGGACCAAAUGAAUAUGGAGCACAGAGAGCUCCUGAGACAGAUGAUGCAGCCUGGGAACCACUCGGUCUCUGAGGACAUAGAGCAGGAGCUGGAGCAGUUAGCCAAGAAGAUGGAAAGCAAAGGUGACCAGAUCUCCAAGCUCAAGAAGCAUCAAGACAGUGUCCGUAAACUGCAGGAAAAAAUUGAGAACUCAAGGAUAAAUGAAUCUUCAGGUAUCCAUGGCAACCCUAAAGGAUCUAAGAACUUAAAAACCAGCCCCCGGAAAUGUGUGAGUGAAACCAGCUCUUUUCAGAGAGACAGAGGCUUUCAACCAGUGCAGGUCCACAGCCUGCAGUCGAAGCUGAGGCGCGAUGACAUCAAGUGGGAGCAGUGACCAAGGCAAACUGUCUGUCAUCUAAAUGAACCUCACCAGUGAGACCGCACGCCGUCUCCGUGGUUUUUAUUUCAUAUGCUCUUAAGGAACCCUUGAAUUAUGUUUCUGACUGCUAUAAAGUGUGAAGUCGUACAUUUUCAGAAUAAUGGCUAAUGACCUACCAGGGUUCCUGGCAUCUAAAUGACUGCUUUUCAUUGUUGUUAACCAAAGGCCUUGACCUCAUGAAGCUCUUUAGAAGCAUCUGUUUUGCAGCUCCCAUAAGGUAAAUCCAAGAAGCUGUACUGAAUGGAUGGAUGCUCACUGAAAUCAAGGGAGUCUGACCUGUGGGUACUAUUCCACAGUUUGAUUUUUGCAGGCUGUCUGUCACCUGUAGAUCCACACGGAAUGAGCAGAAUUCCAGACGUUUGUUUGGUGUCCCUGGAACUGCCACCUUCCCUUGUCUCAGCGGUGCUCAUGCUUGCUCUGUUUGGAAAGGGAGGGCACAGUAAUUGUGCAGUUUUGUGAAAAUGACCUUAACUCAGCUCUGCUAUGACAGCCACUAAAUGAGAUGCAUAACUGAUUAACCUUUGAAGACAGUUCUAAUUCGUCUUCCUUCCUCUGCUACGCCCUGUCUCCUUUUAAACUCCAACAAUUGAUUUUAUCUUAUAUGUUAUAUGUGAUUUACAUCCAUAUAUGACAAUGUAAUAGAUGUCUAGGACCCAAAAAGGUAAUAGGAUUCUAUAAGACCACAGGAAAACAUGAAUUAGGUAAAUGUGGUAUCAUCUUUUAUACUUUAAAAUUAGUGAUGUCACAAUGGAUUUCUCUGUUGUAUACACAUGUUACAUAAUAAAUUUAUACUUUUUGCCUUUCUAAAA